CCAGUAAAGAAAGCAGCCGGGGGGGAGGGUGAAGUGGCCUCAUCAAGGCUUGGACCCCAGCGCUGCUGUAUUGUCAACAAGGAGACUCUUCAGCCAGCAGUAGCAGCAUCUGAUGACCAGUCUUGCUCUGUAAAUCUGUGCUUUUUUACCACAGUUUUCAAGUCAAAGUUUGAUGUAGAUUUUUGAGAAAAACCUGCUCAAAACCAGCUUGGAAUAUCAUCUCUUUGCUCUUCUCUACAGGAUGUUUGAUUCAGUGAUUCUCUCAGGACUAAACAUUGGAUUUUGAGGAUUUUUACUCUGUGUAAUCAAGCAUCUGAGCCCUGCUGUGACAGGAUACACUCAUAGCAGCAUCAGUUGCAUUGAAAUCCAAGUAUCAGGUUCUAUCAGUCUGAUCCACUUAGGUAAGGCUACACCGACCAGGACUGUGACACUGCAGUUAAAAAACUGGACUCCUGAGUUUGAACCAAAGCUGGACGUGGAGAAUCCUCUUCUAUGAAAAAAUAAAAAGCCUGGCUGAGACCCAUUUCAUCCACAAAGGCCUGGACAGUGAAGCCUGAUUGAUCGGGCUCCUGUAAGCUGCCACAGGUGGCUGCACAGCUAUCGGCUGCUCAAUAAUGCAUUGAGUCGAAUUCAGGAAUGAAAGGGAGGAGAAAGUGUCUGAGAGAGUAAUCCUUUGGUGGUUGCUGAGAAAAAGUGAGUGGGAUAACGCUGGGAAUCGAGGAAGACACGUGGAAGUAGAUAAAAGUAGGAAGCAGAUGUUGAAAAGGAAAAGAAAAAGAGGAGAACAUGGCUGCUGAGAGACAAAGUUUGGGCCGAAAAAAGCAGGAAGUUUGAAAGUAAAAGUCAAGCUGAAGUUUGACCUUAUUCAAAAGACUGUCUAUUGGUUUCUAAAGUGGACUUUAAAGUUAAAAGGACUACAAAGAAGCUCAAAGAAGAAAACAAGGUCAUCAUGGUGAACACGGGCAUGCAGCUGAUCAGUUUCACCUGUGCUGUGACCGGCUGGAUCAUGGCAAUAGCCGUCACUGCCCUGCCCCAGUGGAAGGUCUCGGCCUUCAUCGGCAGCAACAUCCUCACCUCAGAGAUCAAGUGGGAGGGCAUCUGGAUGAACUGCAUCUACCAGACCACGGGCCACAUGCAGUGCAAGACGUACGACUCCAUGCUGGCUCUGCCUCCGGACAUCCAGGCCGCCCGCGCCCUCAUGUGCCUCGCCAUCUUCAUGGGCUGGCUCUCCUGCACCGUGUCCUGCUGCGGCAUGAAGUGCACUACUUGUGCUGGGGACGAUCGCCGAGCCAAGGCUGGGAUAGCGCUUUCUGGUGGCGUACUCUUCAUCCUCACUGGCCUGUGCGUACUCAUUCCGGUUUCCUGGACUGCUAACACCGUCGUCCAGGAUUUCUACAACCCCAACGUGCCCCUCAUGCACAAACGGGAGCUGGGUCAGGCUAUUUAUCUGGGCUGGGCUGCUGCUGUUAUCCUCAUGAUUAGUGGGGCAGUGUUGAGCAGCACCUGCCCUCUUAUGGAGAGAGGGGGCAGGUACCGAAGGGGGUAUAUUGGCCGGAGCUUUGCUAAUUCACCGGCGCCAGAUCCUCCGAAACCCAUCACAUCCAACAGUCUGCCUUUGAAGGAGUACGUCUAGGAAGAGGACAGGUGGAGUGGGGAUGGAUACGAUUAAACUUUGCAAC